AUGGAUGUCUCGGAGGUUCGCCGCCCGGUAACUUACCAUGCACGCCACUCUUCCUCGACUGCCUCGGCCGCGAGCCCCCGCGGUGAGUCGAGGAAAAGGAGAUUCAGCUCCGCAGAUCUGCAGUCUCCGGACUCGGACGAGCUCACCGGCCCCUCGGCCAACCGCCGCAAGUUGCACAAGGUCAGCCGGGCCUGCGACUUCUGCAAGCAGCGCAAGGCCAAGUGCAGCGGUACAAUUCCCUGCGAUAAGUGCACCCGCAAGGGCCGCACCUGCGUCUACGACGCCAAGUAUUCCCGCGGGAGACCCCCGACCCCGCCGCCGUCUUCGGCCGUCUGGUCUACCGGGUCCAAUACGGGAGCCUCUCAUCGCGGUUCCGUGUCCGUUGCCGGGCAGGAAGAGUCUGCCGUCCUGUACCAGACCACCGAAACGGCCGAGCGCAAUGCCAUCCCCCCAUCAUCGCAGCUGCUGCUUAGCCAGGUCCGCGACAGGCAAGGGCCGGCAUCGCGGGCGUCGCCCGAGCUGGGCAUGGCGGAGAUCCAAGGCCAGAUCUUCGACCCGACCUCGGGCGUGACGUUCCUGCACAGGGCGUGGAAGCGGCUGUCGAGACGCGACAGCAGCAUCGUCUCGGCCGAGCUCAACGCUUCGACCGAGAGCCAGCCACUCAUGCUGGCCGGCGACAAGCCCCUGCCUUCCAUCACGGACGAAGACAUGGCCAGUCUCACGCUCCCCGACUCCAAAGAACUGCAGACCCUGCUGGGCCUGUACUUUGACGUGUGCAUAGCGACGUAUCGCGUCCUCCACCGCCCGUCCGUUGAGGCCUGGCUCGGCGUCAUGGUAGACAACCUCCGCCGAGGCAAGCCCGUCUGGCAGGAAAUUGGCCGGAGCAAGGCGUCCAUCGUCCUCACGGCGCUCGCCGUGUCCGCUGCGCACCAAGAAAAGUCCAACGGGCUCAAUUCGCAAGAGAACGAGACCAUGUCCCUGGCCAAGAGCGACCGGCUCUUCUGCGUCGCCCUCCAGCUGUCGGAGCGGGAGACCGGGCUUCCCCGGCUCGAGUCAGCGCAGUCCCGCCUGAUCCAGGUUUUAUACCUGCUCACCACAUCGCGGAUGAAUCGCGCCUGGUACACGUUCGGGAACGCCCUACAGAUCAUCUCCGCUCUGGGGAUGCACCGCAAGACGGCGAAGAAGCGGCACCUGACCGCGGGGAGCGCCGACUUUAUUCAGGCGCAGUGCCGCAUGCGGACGUUUUGGACGGCGUACGUGCUGGACAAGUAUCUGGGCGUGAUCCUCGGCCGGCCGCGGCAUUUCCACGACGACGAUAUCGACCAGGAGUACCCCGACAGGAUCGAAGACGAGGACAUGACUGCGCAGGGACCUGUUGAACGGUCAGAGGAGCAUCCGGACUGCCACAUUGAGGCCCUGAUAUUCCACGUCAAGAUCGCACGAAUCAUCGGCAACACGUCGAGGGAAGUCUACUCGAUCAAGCCCAUCUCCGAACGGGAGCGCGUGGCCGCCGCCCACCGCCUGAGCGAGGAGAUACACGAUUGGCGAGCCAGCCUGCCCCCCCAUCUCGGCUCGAUCCGGCCGUCGAUGCUCAUCCCGAGCUUCCGCCGCCAGGCGACGGUGCUGAGGCUGGCCUACUCGCACGCCAUAAUGCACGCGAACCGGCUGUUCCUCCUCGGGAACCUGAGCUCCGGCAGCGAGGCGCAGGUGAUCGAGUGCAUCGAAGCCGCGAGGACGGUGCUCGAGACGGUCGACGGCAUGGCGGCCGAGGGCCCCAUCUUCCACGCCUUCUGGUGGACGCAGUACGUGACCUUCUGCGCGCUGCUGGUGACGUACGUCCGGGACAUCCAGCAGAAGCGGCGGGGCCUCCCGGUCCAAGGCGCGGGCCGGGAGAGGCACGCGAAGCUCAUGGACCUGGCCGAGCGCUGCCAGACGCACCUCGCGCACGCCACGGCCUCCAACUCGCCGAGCCGCCGAUACGCCAUCGUCCUCGAGGAGUUCCGGACUGAAGGCCUCGGCCACGUGGCGCGCAAGAGCCAGGCGCCGGCCGCGCAGCCACAACUACCCCCCCAGCAGGCGCCGCCGUCCAGGCAGCAAAGUCACGAAAACCAAAGGGUGUUAACGAUGGCUGCUGCCGACGGGCUCGGCUUCGAUCCCGCCUACGCUGCCGACGGGUCUGGGCCGGCAGAGCUCAUGGGCCAGGGAGACUCGGGGCUGUCGGGGUUCAGUUUGCUGGACGAGUGGCAGACGACGGACUGGUUGGAGCUCGACUCGUCCGCCUUUGGUCCGUACAUGGACACUGACGCGGACCCGCUCGCUUGGAUGCCGGAUCUCGGCGGGUGA